AUGUCCGCGAUAUUCGAGAGCUACGAGCGGGAGUUUUGCGAGUUCUCGAGCUCGAUCCACCGAGGCGUCGACGGCGUGAAGACGGCGGCGGACGCGACGACGCGAGGACGACACGCGAAAGCGAUCGAGGCGGAUGUGGCGGAGUGCGAGGCGUUGGUGCGAAGGAUGGAUCUCGAGGCGCGGUCGGUGAGCGAUCCGGCGGUGAAGACGCCGAUGUUGAAUAAGCUGAGGGACUAUAAGAGCGAGUUGGCGAAGCUGAAGCGAGACGCGCGAGAGGCGAGCGCCAAAGCGGCGGAGACGGACGCGCGAGACGAGUUGUUGAACACGGCUGAGCGUGGAAACGCCGCGGGGGCGUCGGACGGGGGGAUGUCCGGACAGGCGAUGGAGACGACCGAACGGUUGGCGCGCACGGGCGAGCGCAUUAAAGAUAGCCGCCGGUCGCUGCUGGAGACGGAGGACUUGGGCGUGAGCAUUCUGCAAGACUUACAGGGACAGCGGGAAACCAUCGAGCGAAGCCGCGAAGCGCUGCACGGCGCGGAUGACACGAUCGGGCGGUCGAGAAAGAUCCUCAGCAACAUGAGUCGUCGCGCGCAGGCAAACAAGUUUGCGUUUUACGGCGUGAGCGCGUUACUCUUCAUCGCCAUCUUGACCGUCAUCGUGCAUCGAUGGAGUCGUUGA